CGAGAGCUUCGUUCUUAUUCAAAAAACUUGUCUGGGAGGAGGCUGCAGUAACUUGUCAGGCCUGGGAGAGUGAAAAUCGUUAAAGAUUGACUGCCAUCACUAUCAGGCCGCCGCACGAGGAAGGCGAGUGUGACGUGGUGUGUGGUGACCCUUUGAUCAAGAUUUUCAUUGUACGUGCAGCUUCAAGUCAUCCAUCAACAAGUGGUGCAUAUAUCCGCCUGCCUCUUCUCGCCCGCUCAUUCCUUCAUCGUCUUCCGAAAAGCCCUUUGACGAUAUAACAUACUCUCCUCCUGCCUUCCAAGAAUGCUCUCCCGCUUUCGCGAACAUAAAGAAACUAGCCCGGAGCACCUAUCAUCAACCGAUUCAAAAAUCAAAUCAUUGCCGGUCAAGCAUGGCGACCGAAUCCGUCGCCUCAUGGAGUUAACACGUUCGCUCAAGUCAUCCGUUGGACACCAGUGUGAUAUAGAACUUCCAAGAAUCGUGAUUCUGGGGGAUCCACUCGCGCAGCAGACUUCGUUGUUGGAAUGUGUAACCGGGGUCAAAAUUCCUCGGGAGUUUGAGCAUGACCAAAGAGCUCCAAUCGAGUUCCGGAUGAUCAAUGUGAUGGAAGUGGACUGGAGUUGUCAGGUGAAAAUAAGGUACGACUACACGAGCCAGAACUUCAAGCAGAGCCCAGAACAUGUGGAAGAGACCAACUUCGGCGAGGUGAUAAGCGAGCCAAGCAAGGUUGAAGGGACCUUGCGUGAGGCCCACAGUUAUCUUCUACGUGAACACGCCGCGACGGCCCCUCGGAGUAGCAAUCUUGAAGCAGCCUCCGGUACUGCCCCCAGCAAAUUAAUCCUGAGCAAACGUGCCUUCUGCAAGAAUGUGGUAUGUUUGGAAAUUCGAGGCCGCGCAGUCGUAGAUUUGACUCUGGUCACUUUGCCCAAUUUUAUUCAAAGUCAUUCAAACCGGGCACUUCAAGACUUCGUACUCUCUGAUUACCUCGAAACCAACUGCUAUGUUGUACUAUUGACCCAUGGGUUAGACCGUCUUCAAGUUCAUCCCGCUUUUGGUUUGGCUCAACGAGUUGAUCCUACGGGAAAUCGAAUCAUAGGUCUUUUCAACUGUCUAGACGCGGCCCAGGUAGCCCAAUCAAGUCCGACAGCCAACCUAACACGGGUGAUUCAAUCGGGAUUCAGAGCGUUCCGCUCAGGCUCUGUCACAAAGGCGCCCCCAUAUUUACCCUCGAAACCGGGCGAUUCGCUCUCAAGGCAAAGAAGCAACAAGUCGAUUCGAGCGCCGAGGGCAGCUUGGAAAGUGAUGAGGUGGCAAAACCCAUAUUUCUCUGAAGCGACUUUCGAGUCAACUUUUGAUGACUCGGAACUGGUGAUAUUCUUUGGAGAGAUCUUCUCUGAAUUGUUACAAGAAUCGAUACCCAAGCUGCUCGGAAUUACCUCUCAAAUCUACUCGCUCUCAUCGCCAAUGACUACCGCGACUAAAAAGACCGGCGAUGAUACAAAUGAUAGCUCCUUCUGUCACGUCUACACUACUUGUUUCAAGGACAUAAAUCGAUUGGUGACCAGCACGAUUGCCGGCGAAGAGCUUGGCGACGAAAUUGAGGCAAUAUAUGAAGGACUAGGAUACCGGGCGUUUUCAGAUCUUCCGCUAUUUGUCCCAGUGCCUAGGCAAGAAGAUGAUCUUCCGGCCUUCAAACAACUCACUGAGCUUGCGGACAUGUCUCUGUACCCGGAGGCCUACCGGACGACCGACCCGAAAAAGAUUGAUAUCCGUUCCCGUCGACCUAGGAUCUAUUUGGCAGACGUGCAAGACCAUCUGUCUCAUAUGAAGAGCUUGAACCACCCAAAACUAUCAGGAAUUGGACACGCUUUCUGUCAAAAAACUCCUCUGAUGGACUUGCCAAUCAGUAAAUGGAAAUCACAUGCCCACGACGCACUAUCCCAAGUUUUUCAACUUCUCCAAGACGCCGUGAACCGGAUCAUUGACCAGCGGUGCUCCAAAACUCCCAGUUUCCAACCGAGAAUCAGGAAACUCGUAUAUCUGCGGCUCGAUGAUAUAUUUUCGGCCGCGAAGAAAAGUCUGCAGACCGUAUUAGAAUUUGAACUGGUUCCUUACACCCAAUCUCUGCGAAGGCUUUUGGAAAUUCGUGCUGGGCUGAUGGAGAAGUACCACCUCUCCUGUCACCUGCUCAACGUAGGAAAGGAAAAAGGCAGCCCAAAGCUCACGAAAAGAGGAGGGAUGUACCAGUCGGCUUCGGGCAACCAGGCCGUGUCCUUGGAAAACAGAGGAUCGCCUUCACUCGACAAGACUGACCCAAAGUUGAAAGGCUGGGACGUAGAAGUCAAUGCUUGUGCCGAAGCAUCGGCUUACCUCGAUCUGGCACUCAGCAAUUUGUUGGAGACAACUUCGAAGAUCAUCGAAAGGGAGCUUCUGGAAGAGCUAGAGACUUGUGAUCCCGCUCAAUUCUCGCCCGCUCUGGAAACCGAGGUCGUAGAGAUGACGGCGAGCUCUGACCCUGAUGAUCAUCAAAGUCCGAAGAGUCCAGGCACGAGUCUUCUCCACCGAGGCAAUCUCGACCCCCCUUCAAAGGUCUUGAACCUUGUAGGCGAGAUCCAAAAUAUCAUCCAGGAUGAAACUGAGGAACUUUUGUUGCUCGAUCCGUUCCAGUGUUGACGUGGCGCAGCCAGCGGACACCCGACUGGUUUACUAAUAGAUGAUUAACUUGUGAAAAAUUUGAGUUUGUGUUUAGUCCAAUUUUACAUUCUUUUGUAUUGAUUACCAUCUUCAUACUAUCCUUCACUUUGCAUCCCCACAGUUUGUAAUUGUUCUCUUGACUCUCAUUGAUUUGCUUGUUCCAUCUUCUACACAUCUUCAUCACUCAUUAAGUUAUUUUUAUAUCUUAUUUCUGAGUCUCUCAUUUUAUUCUCUUGUCAAAGUAUUUCCACAAGGUACCAAGGUGCCGAGAUCAAGUCUGCGCAUUCGCCCAAAAGUGUUGGUUGAUUGUAUGUAGUGUGCAUAGUUCCAGACAAUCUUAUUUCUCACAAAAUCAUACUCAUGGUC